AAUGCAACACAGAAUAUACCUGCAUUAAGUUUUCUUUAAACAAAUUCAUUCUAAAACAAUUAAAAUCAUACAAAAAAACUUGUUAGUUUAUAUUUUUAAGUAAAAAGUUGGUUCAAACAAAAAAAUAGAUUGGUUAAUAAUUUGAAAGUUUGCAAUGGGAAAUGAGCGAAAGCGACGUUCUCGUUCAAGGGAGCGACGAUCCAGAUCACGGUCUCCAAGAGAUCGAAACCGACGUUCAAGAUCGAAAGAAAAGUUGCGCGAAAAGGAUUAUCGCCGUAGAUCUCGUUCAAAGGAAGGCGACCGAGCCAGAGAUAAAGAUGCUGUUUCGUCAAAAGAUAGAUAUGGUGCUGAGCGCAUAAAAUCGGAAUCCAGUUCAAAAGGAAAACAUGAAGAGGAUAGAAAACCGAUAAAAUUCAGCAUGGAUACAAAACCGAAAUUGAAGGUCAAAGGCGAAGACGAAGAAGAAAAUGUUGACGAAAAGCCAAAGGAAGGCAAGAAAGCCGAACCACUUUCGUUGGAAGAACUUUUGGAAAAGAAGAAAGCCGAAGAGGCGGCUCGAAGUAAGCCGGUGUUUAUUACAAAGGAGCAACGUGCAGCCGAGGCACUCAAACGGCGCCAAGAAGAAGUUGCAGCGAUGCGUGCUGCACAAUCGGCUGUUACCCGAUUCGGCGACGUUCCGGUCACACAAAUAUUGAAUAAAGAGCGACGUGAAAAAGACCGUGACGAUAAGGAUAGACGCGAUAGAGACAGAGAGCGAGAAAGAGAACGUAGACACCGUGAAAAGGACCGAGGCGAUGACAAAGAAGAUCAAUCGCGACAACGUCUGGAUGAUCCGAGCAAAGACAAAGAGAAAGAGGCCGAGGCCAUUCGUGAACGGUAUUUGGGGUAUGUUAGGAAGAAGCGUCGUGUACGUCGUAUAAAUGAUCGCAAAUUUGUUUUUGAUUGGGACACAAAUGAAGAUACAUCGAAUGAUUACAACUUACUUUAUAAAGAUAGACAUCAUGUUCAAUUCUUUGGUCGUGGCAAUAUUGCUGGUAUCGAUAUUAAGGAACAGCGAAAGCAACAAUCACAUUUCUAUGGUGAUUUACUGGAAAAGCGACGUACCGAAGCUGAAAAAGAACAAGAAAAGGUUCGUUUGAAGAAAGUAAAGCGAAAGGAAGAUAAACAAAAAUGGGAUGAUCGUCACUGGUCCGAAAAGGAGGUGGAUGAAAUGACAGAACGUGAUUGGCGUAUUUUCCGUGAAGAUUACAAUAUUACGAUUAAAGGUGGAAAAAUUCCAAAUCCAAUACGAAACUGGACGGAAUCCGGGUUUCCAAAAGACAUUUUGGAUAUCAUUGAAAAGGUCGGAUACAAAGAACCAACACCCAUUCAACGUCAAGCCAUUUCAAUUGGAUUACAAAAUCGCGAUAUUAUUGGCGUUGCUGAAACUGGUUCUGGAAAAACUUUGGCAUUCUUAAUCCCAUUGUUGUCAUGGAUUCAAUCUCUACCGAAAAUCGAGCGUUUGGAAGAUGCCGAUCAAGGUCCAUAUGCUAUUAUUUUGGCACCCACUCGUGAAUUGGCCCAGCAAAUUGAAGAAGAGACAAAUAAAUUCGGUGAACCGCUCGGAAUAAGAACUGUUGUCGUUGUCGGUGGUUUGUCACGUGAAGAUCAAGGUUUUAAAUUGCGUAUGGGAUGUGAAAUUGUAAUUGCAACGCCGGGUCGUUUGAUUGAUGUGCUUGAGAAUCGCUAUUUGGUAUUGAAUCAGUGUACGUAUAUUGUUCUCGAUGAAGCUGACAGAAUGAUUGACAUGGGUUUCGAACCUGAUGUACAGAAGAUUUUGGACUUUAUGCCGGUCUCCAAUUUGAAACCGGACACUGACGAUGCCGAAGAUGAAAAUGUAUUGAUGCAAAAUUUCUACUCGAAAAAGAAGUAUCGACAAACUGUCAUGUUCACGGCCACGAUGCCUCCGCCUGUAGAGCGCUUAGCGCGAACCUAUUUACGAAGACCGGCCACCGUAUACAUUGGUUCAAUCGGUAAACCAACCGAACGUACAGAACAAAUAGCAUACAUGAUGGGAGAGAAUGACAAGCGCAAGAAAUUGGUUGAAAUUCUUAAUAGAGGUUUCGACGCUCCGAUUAUGAUUUUCGUCAAUCAAAAGAAGGGAGCCGAUGUUUUGGCAAAAGGAUUGGAAAAAAUGGGCCACAGCACGUGUACGUUGCAUGGUGGAAAAGGACAAGAACAGCGUGAAUAUGCUUUGGCUGCACUUAAAAGUGGUGCUAAGGACAUUUUGGUUGCUACAAAUGUUGCUGGAAGAGGUAUCGAUAUCAAAGACGUUUCAAUGGUCAUCAAUUACGACAUGGCAAAAACAAUCGAAGAAUACACACAUCGUAUCGGUCGUACUGGACGUGCCGGAAAAACUGGUGUCGCCAUUUCAUUCCUUACCAAAGAUGAUAGCCCAAUAUUUUAUGAUUUGAAACAAUGUAUUCUCAGCAGUCCAGUUAGUACUUGCUCACCCGAGUUGGCCAAUCAUCCAGAAGCCAUGCAUAAACCGGGCACAGUCGUUACUAAAAAGAGAAGAGAAGAGAAAAUUUUCGCUUAAUUUGCACAACACUAAAUGAUUUUCUUUUAUUUUUUUGAUCAUUAUCAUUUGAUUCUAUUCGCAGAAAAUCAUAUAUAUAAUAAACCUGAAUUGAAAUUGUGAAAAUUCAA